AAUGAUACAUUUCUUUAUUUGGCAAUAAUUUAACUUUAAACUUUAUCUUUUACGCUUAACGAGAUGAUCUAUAACCACACAAGUAUGUUUGGCUUAUUUUAGAUCACAAGAUUCAAAAGUCUUUCUUUAUUUCUUAAACUUUGUGCCCAGUCAAACUAUAUCACAUAAAUUGGGACAGAGGGAGUAUUUUUUUAAUUUGGUGUAGGUUUUUGUGUUGCGCUUUAUGAGAUAUGAUGGUGUUCCUGGUUAAAUCUUUUUUUUUUUUUCCCAUGGUUCAUAAAAUCUAAUUGCCAGAAUUUGUUAAAUGUUUGAUAGAGACCGAAAGUGUUCAUUUUUGACAAGUGUAGUUAAGGGAUCAUUUUUGCCAUGUUUCUCUUUCGUCGCUUACCAAACCAUGGACUUGGUAAUGAUCCCAAUUCAAUAUUACUACCACUAUACUUGAGAUAAGAAAUUGGAGCUUUGCGUGCCCACUCUUUUCUCCUCUAUUUCCUUUUCUCCAUUGCUGGUAGCUUCUGCUCGUCUUCUCUCAAAGAGAUCAAUGGUUCAUGACACAGUUCUAAUAAGGAGAGGACAAAUUUGAUGAUGGUCUCCGAAAGAGAGAUAUUCAGCCUAUCUGGACCACUAUACCUCACUGCUAUUGAUUGGAGAAAUACAGAUCAUAGGAGGUGUGCAGCAUCGAGCUUAGUACAGAGUGUGUACGUUCUUGAACGUGACCGCCAGCAAAAUCGCCAAUUGCCUAAUGCUCUUGCUCCACCCUGGUGGGAAUUCUUUCAUUUUCGUUUAAUCCAAGUCUUGGUGGACACUGAAGACCAAUCUUACUUCGGCGCCAUUUAUGAAUACAAAUAUCCAAACCCCCAUUUCAACUACAAAACAAUGGAUGACAUUCAAAAUCAGAAUCAGAAUCCACCAAAGUAUGUGAUUGCCUUUCGAGGCACAAUCCCAAAAAAAGGUAACAGAUCGCAGGACUUCAAAUUGGAUCUCGAAAUCUUUCACAACAAUCUUCAUAAUAGCUCCCGUUUCCACCGUGGCUUGCAAGUUGUACAAAACAUCGUUCAGAAUCACGGGGUCUCAGAUAUUUGGCUAGCUGGGCAUUCCUUGGGCUCUUCAAUUGCACUACUAAUCGGAAGAGAUAUGGUUAAAAUGGGAAUUCAUCUCGAAACAUAUCUUUUCAACCCACCAUUCACAUCACUUCCAAUAGAGACAUUCAUAAAAAACGAGAAACUGAAGCAUGGAAUCCGCUUUGCUCAUAGUGUGCUCACUGCGGGACUGUCUAUUGCUGUCAAUAGUAACAGGCCAAAGUCUCAACAAAGUCAUGACCCGUUUACGUUGUUAUCUGCGUGGGUUCCUUACUUAUUUUUAAAUCCAUCAGAUCCUAUUUGCGCGGAAUACGUUGGAUAUUUCGAGCAUAGGGAAAAGAUGGUUGCGAUAGGGGCAGGGGAAAUAGGACGAAUUGCGACACAGAAUUCAAUAAGAAGUCUAAUUGCGAAUGCAAGAGGAAAAGAUCAAUCGGAACCAUCACAUUUACUUCCUUCUGCGUUUGUUACUAUUAAUUUGAGCCAUUCUCCAGAUUGGAAGAGAGCUCAUGGAAUCCUCCAAUGGUGGAAACCGGAUUUACAAUGCAACUGUAAACUCUACCAGUUCCGGUAG